CUCCGUCGUCCCCCAAAGUAGGGUACUGCAUAAAAGGGCCGGCCCAGCUCGCUGCUGUCCCAUGCUCGGUUCCGCUCGCGUCGCCCUCUCUCGCCUUAUCUCUCCCAGAAACACUAGCUUUUCCGUCUCCCUCCGCCUCGCCAAACCCCUCUCGUUCUUCACCCUGAAGGCUUUACCGGCCCCUGCAAAGUUCCUUGCUUUCGAUUCUCGGGAUCUCCGCAGAGCCUUCGUCCCCUGCUCCUUCUUGCUGCCCUCGCCGGCGUCGCCUCUGCUCUCUAGAUCCGCCUCUGACAUGGCUUCCUCCAAGUCUGCAGCAUCCAUCCAUGACUUCACCGUCAAGGAUGCCAUGGGAAAGGAUGUGGAUCUCAGCAUGUACAAGGGGAAGGUUUUGCUGAUUGUUAAUGUGGCAUCUCAAUGUGGGUUGACAAACUCAAAUUAUACGGAGCUCAGUCAGCUGUAUGAGAAGUACAAGGGCAAAGAUUUCGAAAUUUUGGCUUUUCCAUGCAAUCAGUUUGGGGGGCAGGAACCAGGAAGUAAUGAGGAGAUUGUUGAAUUUGCUUGCACUCGUUUUAAAGCUGAGUAUCCAAUCUUUGACAAGGUUGAUGUAAAUGGCAACAAUGCUGCACCUGUCUACAAAUUCCUUAAAUCCAGCAAAGGUAGCAUCCUUGGGGAUGGCAUCAAGUGGAACUUCGCCAAGUUCUUGAUUGACAAAGAUGGUCAUGUGGUGGACCGCUAUGCUCCCACCACAUCCCCUCUGAGCAUCGAGAAGGACAUCAAGAAGCUCUUAGGCGAAGCCUAAAUCGUGGGUACUUCGUUCAGCUUCCAUAGAAAUGUUGCUAAAGGCAGCAUAUAUCCUUGAAGUCUUAAUAGUAGACCUGCAUUUGUGUGACAGUCCUACAUAUGUAUUUUGGGCUUAUGCUAGAAGUUUCAUGGUGGAUUUCUGCACUUUGUUGAUUCAGUAAGGUUUAAAAGUAUCUACUGAACAAUUAUUGCCUA